AUGUUUUCCAGAACCCGUUCUCUCCUUCCUUCUCUACCUUCUCUACCUUCCCACCAUAAAACCCCAAACCCAUCAUCAUCACUCUUGUCACUAUUUUCUUCUUCUUCUUCUUCACAACCCCCAAACAACAAAGACAACAUCAUUCUAUCCAGAUUCCACCACAAAGACUGGUUAACCUCAAAACAAGCAACAACCUUAAUCAACUCCUUAACCAACCCUUCCACCGCCCUAACUCUCUUCCAUCUCUACUCAUCCCGCAAAGACUACAACCCAACUCAACCCUUCUGCAUUUCCCUCAUCACCAAACUAGCCCAAGCCAAUCAGUUCUCCCCAAUCGACACCAUUCUCAAAUCACUCCAGCCUCACCAACGACACCGUUUCACCGAAGAUUUCUUCUUCCAUCUCAUCAAACUCUACGCUCAUCAAGCCCACAGAAUCGAUAAAGCCCUUGAAACUCUCUUCAUGAUGCCCAAUUUCGGUUCAUGGCCAUCCUCUAAAACAUUCAACUUCGUUCUUAAUCUCUUGGUCAAUAACAAACUACACGACGCCGUUUUCAAUCUUUAUUCUUCCGCUUCCAAGUUAGGAUUCCAAGUCGACGCUUGUUGUCUUAAUAUUAUGAUUAAAGGGUUGUGCAAACAAGGAGAGAUGAAAGCUGCCUUUAAGGUGUUCGACGAAUUUCCAAAACUGGGGAUUCAACGGAAUGAGAGGACUUUUUGUACGUUAAUGCAUGGGUUAUGCGAGAAAGGGGAUGUGGAUGAGGCUUUUGAGUUGUUGGAGAUAAUGAAAAGGGAAAAGAUUUGUGUUGAUGUUAUGGUUUUCAAUGUUUUGAUUUGUGGGUUGAGGAAAAAAGGGAGAGUGGGUGAAGCCAAAGAGGUUUUGGAAGAUGUCAUGAUGAGGAAUGGGUGUUUCCCUAAUGAGAGUUCUUAUCAACAUGUUUUGUAUGGGUUGAUUGAUUUCAAGAGAUUUGGUGAGGCUAAAGAGGUUGUUGAGAAGAUGGCUUUGAAGGGUUUUGUUCCUAGUUUUGAUUCGUAUAAAGGUUUGAUUUUGGGGUUUUGUAAAGAGGGAUUGGUUGAGGAAGUUGAUUGGGGUGUGAAGGGUAUGGUUAGGAUGGGUUUUGUUCCUAGGAUGGGGAUGUGGAGACAGAUUGUUAAGUGUCUUGUUGUGCAUAGAGACGUUGGUUGUUCUUUUGAUAUAAUUUUGGAUGUUGAUUAUGAUUGA